AAAAGUCUUUCUCAACAAAACUUAUUUUUAUUUCUCUUGUAAUUCGGUAGCUUCGUUUUUAGUUCACUUUUGUCACAAAAAAUCUCUCGCCCGCCGCCAUGGAAACCACGCUCGACAUCAAAUCUGUGGAAAAAAAGCUCGUUGACAUCACGGUGACGCCAAUUCCGAUGAACGCGAAUCUCAGUCGCAGCAAGGCUGAUUACAACAUCCCUCCGAGAACACAAAUUUCGCCAGUUAUCACGACGACACAUCAAUCUGGGAACAUGCGAGUUCCCUCGACAUCCACCGUUUUAGAUCAUAUUCCGACAACUGUGCCAAUCGCACAAAGCAGUCCAUCGAGCUCCAACUCGAAUCUCUCCAAAUACGCGCAACUUUUGAUGGUCAUCGAGGAAAUGGGACGCGAUGUGAGACCCACGUAUAGCGGAAGUCGAAGCAGUGCGGAACGCUUGAAGCGCGGAAUUGUUCAUGCACGAAUUUUAGUUCGCGAGUGUUUGCUCGAAACUGAGAGAUCUUCACGUAAUUAGACGAAAGAUGAAAAAAAAAUCUUAAAAAAUUAAUUUUAAAAAGUGGUGUUUAAAAAAAAUAACGAUAGAGCUCAGGAUGAACAACAAAACUUAACUGAAUUAAAAAAUCCAAGCCCGAUGCCUUUUUUGAUUUUUCAAAUGAAUCAAGGUACAAAUAAAUACAAAGUAAUAGAGUAACCUAGAAGCCUUUCCAAAAAAGAAACAAAAAUCAACAAUUUUACCGAUUAUUAGUACGUAAUAGAAAUAUUUUUUUAAAUGACUCAUUUUUUCUUGUGCAUGCAACUGGAUAUACGAUAAAAAAAUAAUAAUUAAUUA